CUCUAUUUUUACGGCAUUUUUAGUGAAAAUUGGACAAUCAUUAACAGAGACAUCCCCCUUAAAUUUAUACUCUGUGCUGUACUUGUACUCUAUCCUGGGACAGAAAGCAAGUGGGUGCCAAGGCCACAUCGAUUGCCAAUUAAUCCUCAUCCACUGUGUGCUUCCCAAUAUGCAUUAGUAAAUCAUGCCUGUGCAACACUGCCAUUCACUCCACUCCCUCCACCCACCCAUCUGACAUCGUCUUCUCCGUCCGAUGGCUCAAGUCGUAGGCAUCGGCACAAGCAUGGACACAGACACAUGAGGGACGGACAUGAGAAAGCACGUGGUGAACAUAAUUGUUGCCGAUGGUUAAGAGAACUUGACAGUGUUCGUGUUUGUGUUCUGCUUGAGCACUUGCAUCCGUUCCUUUGUAGGCCUGUGCACAAUUACACAGUCAUCGUUGAUGAAUCAUGUAAUGUGACUUUCCACUGCGGGUCGAGUUGGGUUAUGGUCUGACUUUUACCAGGGAGAAGAAGUUACCUCCUGUGAUUUAUUGUGUGUGUGUGUGUUUUAACUUUUUAAAGUUCAUUUCAAGUUUGUUCACUUAA